AAGUAUCCAAUGGAAGCAGCCAACGUAGAAAAAUUUUUGCAAUGGGCGGUGGAGGGGUUACAGUUGGAGAUUUCAACUAACAAAAAGUAAACUACAAAAGCCUCAAACAUGUCUAUUAAGUCCACACCUCCAUUCAUCUGCCUCUCCUACCUUCUCUGCAACUUCCAUGGCUGAAACCAAGAGGAUCUUCACUUUCCUGCUAAGGUUCAUAGCCUUUUGCACCACACUUUCAGCUGUUAUUAUAAUGAUUUCUAGCCGUCAAAGAGCUACUGUUUUGGUGUUCUCGUUUGAAGCUAAAUACUCGGAUACACCAGCUUUUAAGUACUUUGUUAUUGUAAAUGCAAUAGUAAGCAUCUAUGGGUUCUUGGUGUUGUUUCUUCCAUCCAAAAGUCUUCUUUGGCGAUUAGUUGUUGCACUAGAUGCGGUUUUCACAAUUUUGCUUACAUCAAGCAUAUCAGCAGCCUUAGCGAUUGCUUAUGUGGGGGAGAAAGGGAACCCAAUUGCAGGUUGGCUACCAAUAUGUGACCAAGUCACCAAGUAUUGCAACCAAGUUAAAGGAGCAUUAAUUGUUGGGUUCAUCAGUGUAGUUCUCUAUAUGUUGCUCUUCCUUUACUCUCUUCACACUGUUCUAAACCCUCUUCUUCUUGGAAAGUCUUAAUUACAUAGCCAUAGAGGUCUAAAGUAUGGAGCUUUUGCUUCAUUUUUUUAAGUAUUAUUUUCAUUUCAAUAAUCCUUUUGGGGCAGAAUUAUGCAAUGCCUUUCUUGGGUUUUUAA